AUGGAUGAAACUGAGUUGUUUUAUAGGCUACAAGCUGAUCAUUCACUGGCAACAAAACACCUUGAAGGAAGAAAACAAGAUAAAGAAAGACUGACAAUAGUUAUUUGUUGCAAUGAAGAUAGCUCUGGAAAAAUCCCUCUAUGGAUUAUUGGGAAAUAUGCAAAGCCUCGUUGCUUCAAGAAUGUCAACAUGAAUAGCUUGGAUUGUCAGUAUCGAGUUAACAAAAAAACAUGGAUGACUAGUGUGCUUUUUGAUAAAUAUGUUCGUUCAUUUGACCAAAUGAUGUAUGGUAGAAGAGUUUUACUUGUGGUGGAUAAUUGUCCAACACAUCCAAGAAAUAUUGAAGGGCUAAGAAACAUUGAGUUGUUCUUCUUUCCACCCAACAUGACAUCAAAGAUUCAAACUUGUAAUGCUGGGAUAAUAAGAGCUUUCAAGAUGCAUUACCGUAGAAGGUUUUACCGCAAAAUAUUGGAAGGUUAUGAGGUGGGACAAUCUAAUCCAGGGAAGAUAAAUGUCCUUGAUGCUAUCAAUUUAGCAAUCCCAUCUUGGACGAUAGAUGCUCGAAAAGAAACAAUAGCGAAUUUCUUACGACACUGUAAAAUUCGAUCAACUAGUGACGUUGCAAGAAAUUUGGAUGAAUCCACUUUUGAUGAAGAAACUCAAGACCUCGAGACUAUGAUCAAUCAAUGUGGCUAUCGUAAUAAGAUGAAUAUCGACAAUCUAAUGAACUAUCCAGGUGAAAAUGAAGCAUGUUCGAAGGUUCAGAGUUUAGAAGAUAUUGUGGGUACUAUCAUUGAGAAUAAUGCAGAGGAUGACGGCGAAGAUGAUACAGUGUCUUUGGAGUCCGUUACGCGAAAGGAAGCACUUAUGGCGUCGAACACUCUUCACAAUUUUAUGAUACAAUACAAAAAUACAACACCUGAGCUAUUUGAUGCAAUAAGAAAAGUUAGAGAUGAGCUCUAA